UUUUUAAUUAAUUAAUUUCUUUUAAUUCACUUUUACAGUUUGCAGCUGUAAUUAUGACUCUAGCACUUGUGUUCCUCAACAAAACGGAUUUCAGUGUAUCUGUAAUAAAGGAUAUUUGAAUGUUCAUGGGAAAUGUGUUGAAUGCAAUUGCAGAAAUGGUGAUUGCAGUAUCGUAAACGGAAAGAAAGUAUGUGCUUGUUAUCCUCAUAAUGCGAUGGAGCACGGAUACUGUGAAGCUUGUCAGUGCGGCGGAGAAAUAGAUUGCAUCUUCGAAGAGUGGGGAAAUGAAGUUCAGAAAAAAUGUUUUUGUCCUACAGGAUACAUGCAGGACAAAGAUGGAUUGUGUUCAAAACUUCCGCAUUGCGAAGAUGAGAAUCUGUGCCCCAAUUCAACGGUGUGUGUGAACACAAACGAAGGCUAUAAAUGUGUUUGCAAAGAAGGUUUCCGGCCACUUCGAAAGAAUGCCGAUCCCAAAGACUUCGGAUGCGAAGAUAUAUGUGGCCAGAAUAAGUGUCUAGCAGGAGAAUGUGAAAUAACAGGUGAUCAUUAUCGCUGUAGGUGCCAAGAUGGUUAUGCGGGAACAUACUGUGAAGUUGAACUUGACAUCUAUCCUAAAAAGAAAUCUUUGGUAGCUGCUUUCUCAAUUCUUGCUACAAUCAUCAUUGUGUUGCUGAUUACAACGGUUUUCUUUGCUCGGAAAAUUCGGGUUCCAUAAGCCGACAAUUUAAACUUGUCAUGUCAAAAUUCAGACAGAAAUGCGAAUUAUCUUUGAGUCAUGUUUCCCUGACUACUUGAAUCCUUUUAAAUCAGAACUGAACCUGUAUAAUAUGGAUCUCAACUGGAAAAUAAACAAGGUUAUCAGAAGACAUGAAA